AUGCAAACUUGUGACGUUGAACCGAAAGUAAAAAUAACAAGUUUAAAACCACAUAGAAAACCUGAGCUAGAGAAAAUCCGGGAUGAAAUACUUGCUGAAUCAAAGAAUAUUAAUUAUGAUGAAAUAUUUAAUCAACUGAAAGAUCAAGUGAGAAACAUUCAUGCUGCAUACCUCUUCACUCCCAAUGGUGUUGAGGUAUUGGCGGAUUUGUGUAAAGUGAUUUCAUCAACACCUACAUCAUUCUACUAUUCCUCUUGGAAGAAUCUAGCUGGUGUUCUGAAUCUAUCAUUUCACCAAAUUGGAUGUAUUGAACAGAUAAAGUCAGAUCCAACUGAAGUAGUGUUGAAAACAUUUGCUCAACAUUGGGACUCCACUUUAGACACCAUCGUUUCUGCUCUUCAGUCAUUGAAGAGAUAUGAUGCUUUGUCUGUGGUUAAAAAGGGUUUUCAAGAGUUGGAAAGAAUUGCCAGACAGGAACAAAUUAAACGCACAGAAAACAUCAGUUCUGAAAUUGAUUCUAUUAUUCACGGCAAAGGAACUAGUGAUGGAAUUUUAAGACCUGAACACUUGUCAGUUUUACCUUAUCAGUUACCCAUUACAUUAAAACUAUUCCCUGCAAUAAACAAAGAAAAACAAGAAAUAAUUAUCAACAAUAAUGAGGUACCGAAAAAUGAAGGUCAAUUACAAAACAAGUCAAUCGUUAGCAAGAAAAAAGUGAAAAAAUUUAGCAAAGGAAUUAUGCUCACUUUUGCUGCUGAUGGUGAAGAAAUAGCUAGAAAAAUUGCUGCCCAGUUUAGAAAGGCUAGAGGUAGGCAUUUACCAAUAGGAGUUUUAAUAUUAGAAGAACAUAUUGAUAAAGUUUUGCAAAACCCAGAAGAAUUCAUCUCACAUAUAUUCCCACAGAUGAAUUACAUUGUGCCGAUACUGACAGAAGGAUAUCUAUUGUCUCUAAAAGGAAACAAUCAUCAUGAAGGCAGUUCCUUGUCAUCUAUUGAUUCUAUGUAUGUUAAAUUUAUUCAUGAUUUGAUGAUGAAAUAUUAUGUACAAAAUAAUUGCAGAAAUGAUAAGUUUCGCUGUAUCAUCCCUGAUGACCGUUUCUUAAAAAUAGUUAACCAUAAACAUAUGGAAUUAGAUCCAGUAUUGAAGGUCUAUGUAAAAGAGAGUGAAUUGGAACAGCUAGCAUGUAGAAUGCUUAAAAUCAGCCGAGUUGUAAAUAACUUCAACAGGGGUGCCUAG